UGUUCAGCCGCAUGGAUACAGCAGUUUGUUUUUUCGUUUUUAUGGUCGUACCAUUCGACUUUUCUUUAUCGAUGUAUUUUAAAGGUUUUCGGCACAAAUUUCUCGAAGGUCCAAUAAUUUCAGAAUUUUCCGUGCAAAGUGAUUUUGAGUGUUUUCAGAAAUGUUUGAAGGACAGCCACUGUUCUUCCGUGAAUAUCAAGACGAUUACUGAGGAAUCAAGUCCAUGUCGGCUAAUCGGCAAUGUAUCGAAGAGCAAUUGCAACCACGGUUUGGAGUAUACACACUACAAAAAACUGAGCCUCGCCCUAUGCCCUCUCGGUUGGCACCACCAUGCCAACAACUGUUAUGUGAUCAAGUUUGAGAACGUCACGUGGCAAGUUGCUAUGCAACGAUGUCAUUCAGUGGACUCUGCGAUGGUGUCAAUCUCCAGUGUUGAAGAAAAUGCCUUUGUUCGUGGUUUGUUCUACUCAGACACAAUAUGGCUGGGACUGGAAGACUUCAGUUCUGGUAGCUGGCGAUGGGAGGACGGAUCGCCCGCGUCUUUCACGUACUGGCAAGCAAGCGCACCCUCUGGUCAGUUGGGUCAGGACUGCGUCAAGAUGUCUCAUCAGAGGGGCAAAUGGAACGACUGCCAAUGUGAUCUGCUACUUCCUUACGUCUGCAAGAUGCCAGAGAACGCGAUUACACCAUUCUGUUAGGAUUCUUAGACUCCCACCAUUUGUUCCUCGCAAAAAUGAAUUUUAACCCUUAGGGAUAGCAAAAUGGGUGCGGUUUACAUACAUUUCUAUCCCUCCCUGGGAUAACAUUAAAAACAGACAAAUUAUCAGUUAUCUGAAUCUUAUUAACAGAUGAAUUUAGGAAUGAAUAUCACUGUAAUGAAUGUAACUGUCAGACUGAUUUGUCUUGCUUGGGUCGAGCUCGAUGACACCUUUAUAGCCUCUUAUUAUGAAAGACAUCUGAUACUUCAGUUAAGUACCAAAAUGUGGUUUGAUUAGCGUCUCACAACAACCCUGCUACGGCCCUGUUGGAUAUUCCGUGCUCGUGGCCACGACCACAGAAUGUCUGGCCCACGAACAGCCAUGAGCACGGAAUUUCUGGCACACUAGUCAUGCCAUGAGCACGGAAUUUCUGGCCCACGAGAUGCCACGAGCACGGAAUUUCUGGCCCACGUGAUGCCACGAGCACGGAAUUUCUGGCACAUUAGUCAUGCCAUGAACACGGAAUUUCUGGCACACUAGUUAUGCCAUGAGCACGGAAUUUCUGGCCCACGAGAUGCCACGAGCACGGAAUUUCUGGCCCACGAGAUGCCACGAGCACGGAAUUUCUGGCACAUUAGUCAUGCCAUGAACACGGAAUUUCUGGCACACUAGUCAUUCCAUGAGCACGGAAUUUCUGGCCAACGAGAUGCCACGAGCACGGAAUUUCUGGCCCUCGUGUCCUGCUACUUAUUAUAAAAAAAAUUAUUAAUAAAUACAAGAAAGGCUGCAUUAGAUUAUUAGUCAUAGGUAGCCCCAUUUUCGCUCGGAAUAUACAAAAUAUUUGAAUAUAAAAAUAGAAAGAUAAAAAUCUGUUCACCCUUUACUUUCUUAAAUUUAUAGGUUUAUGUUAUGAAAACCAUUAAAACGAUGUAAAAUUGUAUAUUAAAGAUAUUGUGGGACGCCUGAUGGAAUUGCGCCCCAUUCCGAGAAGCAGUCUUGGCCAAGCUUAACUAUUUGUCGGCGACAGGAGAGAAAAUCAACAAUCCACGAGAUUACCGAGUGGGGGAUGUCAUAGUCGUGGAGCUAGUAGACGAGAAUCCGAUGGUCAAUCAGGUCGAACGCUUUACGAAAGUCAAGUAAAAUAGCUCUGACUGUCGCACCAUUCCCGUCAGUAGCAGAUAGCCAUGAGUGGAUCAUGCUAAUAAGAGCAUGCGUGGUGUUUGACCCAGGGACAGUUCCGAAUUGAGGCCGGUCAACCUUUGCUUAAAUUGCUGGUUGAACAAAGUGCUCCACAAAAUAAUCCUCCUGUAACCAGAAUUAAAAUUUUACCGAGGCAUGCAAAGCUUGCCACUGGAUGGUAAAUCCAACAAAAGCAGGUGUUUUAUCUUAUACUCUUUAAUUGUGAAACAUUAAAAUUUUAUUGAAUCGAGUGCCUCCCUUGCCUCAUGCAGGCUACGGCCCUGCCCAAGUGCAGUGGGUUCUAGUCUCAGCCAGGAUCACUUUAAAUUAUAGCCUGCGUAGCAAGCGACCGUGCGACGAAUGCAAUGAUUUAACGGUGCAAGUAUGCGGUAAACGGAAACGAGAAGUAGGCCUUGUUAUUCCUGGAUGCUACACUGCGAGGACAAAA